AUGAAAGUUCGUCUCGUCGAUGGCAAUAAAGUCAAAGUUUACGAAACGCACGUUGGACAGGUUGCCUACACGGGGCUGCUGCAGAUGUUCCCGACGCCACGGUCGGUUUGCGUGCUCGUUGAGAAAUAUGAUCAUGCUGAGGAAGACUGCCGCAAGCUGGAAGAACUACUUGCAAGCGUAUGCAAUUGGCUGCGAUCGAUCUCUCGAAGUGUUCCACACAACGAGGUCAUCCUGGUCGCCACCAAGUGUGACCUGGCGGGCGGAAAUGCUGGGGAGAUUGGCCUACGAAUGGAGCAUGCUUGUCGGGUAUGGCUCUCGAGCUGGAUCCGCCAUGGUAUGCAGCCCGUGCAGGUGGAGACCGGCGUUUCCUUCACGAGCUGCUGCGUGACAGCAGGAGUCGAUGAGAAUGGCGAGACUGACGACAACCCCUCGCCCAGCUUGCUUGACAGGCUCGUCCACAAGUCUGACCGACGUGGCCUACGAGGAGCUCAGAUGGGUCUUCCUCGCAGCUGGGAUGUGGCCCUCACUGUUGUAGAAGCUCUCGAGCAUGGACGGUGA